GUAAAAUCGGCAUCAGAUUCCACCCAAAAACAAAAGGCCAAAUUACGUCUUAAGAGUAAAAGCUCACUCGCACUUUGAUUCAUUCAUCAAGAGUUCCUUGUUUACUUCCUCAACUAUCUUUUACCUAUGGCUACGAACUCAAAACAGGUACUUUACGAUUACUCCCCUCUGAUCAAAGUAUACACAGAUGGCAGCGUGGAAAGGUUAAUGGGAACAGAGAUUAUUCCUGCAUCAGUGGAUCCUGAAACCGGAGUUCAAUCCAAAGACGUCAUUAUAUCUGCAGAACUUGCCGUCUCUGCUCGUCUUUACCUCCCCAAAAACGCCGAACCUGGUCGGAAACUUCCUCUGCUCGUGUACUACCACGGCGGAGGCUUCUUUUCGGAAUCUGCAUUCUCUGUUACUUACCAUACUCAUCUAAAUGCGUUGGUUGCGGAAGCUAAUGUGGUUGCGAUUUCGGUUGAAUAUCGUUUAGCCCCAGAGCAUCCUCUCCCUGCUGCUUAUGAAGAUGCAUGGCUUGCUCUUAACUGGGUUGCUUCUCGUUCUUCUACUGGAGAAGAUGGCGGCGGCCCUGAGGAAUGGCUUACGGAUUAUGCUGAUUUUGAUCGCCUUUUCGUUGGUGGAGAUAGCGCCGGCGGCAAUAUAGCACAUAACAUGGCCUUAAAACUGGGGGUGGAAGGACUAAAAGGAGUACGCCUUGAAGGAAUGUUUCUAAAUUGUCCUUUCUUUUGGGGGAAAGAAGCGAUUGGAGUUGAAACCAAGAAUCUGCCAUUGAAGCUCAAUGUGGAUAAGUUCUGGCAUUAUGUCUACCCAACUACUACAGGGGUUGAUGAUCCAUUGGCGAACGUUGUCAAGGAACCGAAGCUUGCAAGCCUGGGCUGCAAAAGGGUCCUGGUUUAUGUCGCCGAACAAGACAUUCUCAAAGACAGAGGAUGGCUGUAUAAACAAGAACUGGAGAAGGGUGGAUGGAAUGGUGAGAUUGAAAUCGUGGAGGUUGAGGAGGAAGGACAUGUUUUCAAUCUGCGUUUCCCCAAGGGGGAGAAAUCUCUAUCCUUGCUGAAAAAGUUGGCUUCUUUCAUCAACAUGCAUGGUUGA